ACAUUUCUUUUUGUGAUCUAGGACAGUAGAACAUAUUAACUUGAUAAUGUAGGACAAUAUGUGAUUCUCUUUUCACAUUUCUUUAAUGAUUCAUAAUGCCUCUUCAAUCAACACUUCACUGAUUUAAAUCUGCAUGAAGAAAAUGUCACAUCGCUAUCAGCAUGACUCAAGAUCACCCAGUGCUGUGUUUGUCCCUAUGCCAGUGGACAGAGAGGCACUGGGGGAAAAGAAGAUGGAGGCAUUACAACAAGAGAUAGCAAGGCUGGAGAAUGACCAGAUGAAGAGGAAGGAACUAAUAAACAAAUUAUCAAACAUGCAGAGGACUCAGAAUAGAAAUAAGAAAGAACAAGACAGACUACUGAAAAAAUACAAUAAGAAGAACAUGCUGACAGAUGAAAUAGAACGCUUGUAUGGAGAGGACACGGGAAGAAAAUUUGCAAAAUCUCCCGCUAGCCCUCGAGUGAUAGAUACGGUGAUGGCACAGAGAACAAAAGAAUUCUCGCUAAAACAACAGGAAAAAGAACUGGAAACACAAUACUUGUUGAAGGAAAGAGAGAGAUUACAGAUGGCCAGGGACAGAAUUCGAGAGCAGCGCUAUGCUCUCCUCGGCACUGCUGACAGUGCCAUGAGUGAGCCUGACUAUCACUACCGAUCAUCAAAGAUGGCUGAGGACUCAAGCAGGAUGAGUAUGCGAACCCCAAGACAGGAGAGCAGCAAGGUCCAUAGCGUGGACUCAUACGUCCAGCAAACUAUUAAUACACUACCUCAGACCAUGGACAGGAUAGCACAGCUCAGACAACAGGUACAACAGCAUUAUGUGUCCUAUGAGAAGCCUUACCGUGGGGAACUAGGGAUACAGACCUACCAACCUCAUCAGAUGAAGGAUUACUUCAUGGUAAGGGGUAUUGUGGAUGACCUAGUCAAUGAUUUCCUAGACGUGUACUUCCCAGAGGCAGUACCUAUGGUUGAAAAAGAGGCUUACUUUGCCACUAUUGAACAGAGGAAGAGAGAAAGACAACAGAAACUGCAGUCGGUUGCCGAGAGGAAGGCUGUACAACUAGUGAUGGAGAAUAUUGUUCUGGAUGUGACUGGAGAGAUGUGUUUGGAGGUAGCCCAGGAAGACCAACAUGCUGAGGGAACUAUUAGGAACAUUGUUGAUAUGACAAUCAUGAACAGAGCAGAG